CGCUUCGAAAUUCAACACAUCCGGGCGCCGUGCGGGAGGCUCCAGCCUCAUGGCGAUCUACAUUGAUGAGCCCCGCAAGGACGGACUGUUCCGGAUGCACAGAAUCCGCCCCAGUGGGUAUGGCCCGCAGCCAGGCGACGGGCAUCUCGAUGUAAUUGCCAUGGAUGCCCAAGUAGUCGAUUCAACCACAACGCGAUUCUGGUUGCUGAAUCAACGGCCACUGUAUGAUGCCAAGGGGAACGUCGACAAGAGCAGGGUCGGUGCGAACAUCACCAUCGAUGUGUAUGAACACCGUAAGCACGACAAGCAGAUGACACAUGUCGCUACCAGCUGGAGUCCGACGUUACAUUCCGCAAAUAAGAUUGCGCUGAUGGGCGGCAAUAACUUCGUUGUCAGCAACCAACGCUCGGCGCAGACUGGUCUGAGGAGAAAACUGGAUCCGUUGCUUGGAGGUGCGAGCCUUGUUCACUACGAUGAUUGGUUCGAUAAGUAUACCGUCACCCCGAAAACUUUGCCUAUUCUUGGGUCCAUUGUCAGGGGCCAGGAUGACCACAUCUAUAUACCCUCAUUGGUUGAUGACCGCAUUCGGGUGUUCCAGUUGCAAGAUGAUAGGACACUCAAGCAAGUUCACACUAUCAGAUUAGGAAUGCCGGUUGCGGGCUUGAGUGUGGACUCCAGGGGAGCUAUCUGGGCUGUUGGACGAAGCAAGUACGAUCUAACCGGUCUUUCAAGCACCAACACUGUUUUCAAGAUAAAGAACCUUGAAGAUAGAGUCUUCAAAUUUGUUACUGAAAAGGUCAUGGAGGACAAGAACAAGACAGCUAUCGAGGCGGCAUCAGUGGCGCUGCACGACGUGAAGACAAAACGGAUUUUCCUUGGGGGACACUAUGCUUCCGGGAUCACUGUAUGUAUGCCACGAGGGUAAUAUGUCCGUAUAUUGGCCUGUGCAACCUAGCUUCGCGUGACAAUAUGGGCGAGGCAGGAACCUGAGUUAUGAAAAGUUGGUGGCCAGUUUUGACAGGUAUCUGCAGCUUGGUUCAGUAUAUACACCAUCACUCAUAACUCUGUGAAAUGCUAAGUAGAUGUAAGGAAAGAAGUGGGAUGACAAUUGUCAGGCGAACUUUUUCUGUCAACUCUAGAGCAGCCUUGUUGUUCAGACACUCUUUUGUUACCAACAGCGAGUCAGUUACUGCGCCUUGCAUAUCACACUGAACAACCAGGAGUCACAGGGGCAUGGCAGACGUCGUGAUUGGCUUAGCAGCGGCUUUGCCCAAGUGUCAUAAGCGUUAAAACGCAGUGCUGGAGUUGCGUAAUCAAAUUGUAGCCAAUUAAACCGCGAGAUAGGUAAUCUAACUUGGAGCACAGGUACAGUGGGGUGUUCCGUCGGAGUUGAAAAGUCGUAGUAACGUCCAUUCACGUGC